AUGUGCGCCAGCAAAGAACAGGCCAAGGCUUUGUACGAGCUGCAGACCAAGAAGAUCCAGCCGACGGUGCCCAUGACAGUGGACGCCUCCAACCCUUGCCUGAAGAAGUUUGAGACGCUGCUUGACCAGUCCAAUGUGGUCUUCGCGAAUGGCGGCAAUCCAGACAUCUAUGGCUUUGUGGUCAAGAAGUUUGCGCCGCAGCUCGGGGAGCUCAUUCGGAAGCGCGUGCAGGAGGGCACGCUGCUUUACAUGGGCCGCAGCGCCGGCGGCAUGGUGGGUGGCUCCGACUUCGCGCUCACCUACGAGCCGAGCCCAGCCCUCACCAGCAGCUUGCUGAAUGAGGAUACGAGAGGCCUUGCCUUGGCAGGCAAGUGUGCCUUGCGCCCCCACAUCAAGAAUCACUUGUGGGACAUCACAAGCAAGAUUUAUGCCAAAGCCACUGGGCAAACCGUUGUCUUGGCAGCCAACGGUGAGGGCCUCUUCUGUAACCAGGGCUGCUGUGGCAUGACUGGCACGACGGAGAAGACGGACCCCGACUCCAUCAAGAACGCUGGUUACUCUGCAAGCCGCAUUCAGAAAGCCUACCAAGCGGCCUACAGUGGUGCCUCCGAGCCCACGAAAUUCUACGACAAAGCUCAGGCGGCUGAGGCAAAAUGCGGCGAGACCAGUGGCAAGGUAGUGCUGACAUCGAACGGCUUGGAGUCUGCCGCUUCCCAGCAAGCCUUCGUGACGCUGCUGAAGAAGGACCCUUCCACGGUGAAGGUCGUGUCCCUGGAUGACGGCGCUUACUUGUCGAAGGGUUUCUGGGAUGCAACCGAUGCGGAAUUCGCCAAGGUUGGGGGCGUCAACUAUCUGACGCUCCAGACACCGACAGCUCCAUCCAUGGUCCAAGAAGCCACUCAAGGCUUCCAAGGCCUCGUGCCCGGAUCUGGCUCCACGGCGGAUACGUCCUUGCAGACACUGGGUGUCAGCCCAACCUCCAUCUCCCACAUCUCAGCCUUUGACCGCUGUGCCAGCCAAGAGCAGAAGCAGGCGCUCUUCGCGUUGGAAUCCCAAGGCGUGCCCCCGAAAGUCCCCAUGGAGGCAGAUGCGAACUGCGUUUCGAAGCUGGUUGGGGAGUUGGCCUCCGCGGACGUGGUGGUGAUGGGUGAUGGCAACGCAGACUUCCUUUCCUUCGUCUACAAGAAGUUUGCCCCAUCCCUGGGCCAAGCCCUGGUGGACCGUGUCACCUCUGGCAACAGCGUGUUCUUGGGCCUGGGCGGCGGCUCGACCUUCGCCAGCGCCUCCACCAUGGCGGCGGGCUCCACGGGAAGCAAGAUCCUGAAAACGCUUCUGCAGGACAACAUGGAGGGCCUCGGCCUAGCGGGCUCCUGCGCUGUUCGCCCCGGCUUCAACCCGUCUGUGGCGUGGUGGGACAUGACCUCCGCGCUCUUCGAGGAUGCCACAAAGAUGGACUUCGUGGGCCUGGAGGACGGCGCCGCGCUGGUCUGUUCGGGGCAGUGCGCGGUGAGCGGCUCUGAGACCGCCUCGAAGAUGAUGGGAGCGGACAGCGGGAGCCUCCACCGCGGCCGCGUGCACAUGAUCCUGGACAAUGCCCUGGACUGA